AUGGGUCGGGCUCGGAAGCGUACGGUGGACAUGAUCCGUCUGGUAAAGGGAUUGUGUCGUAACGGUGGAAUGCACCGUCCAUCAUGGGUUUCAAUGGUAGACCGUUUUCCACCACCUCCGAUACCGCGUCAUGAUCGCGAUACGGUGCCGGUUAUUAAGUUUCCACAGGACCGACUAGCGGAGCUUUAUAUGAGACAGCGUGAUGGCGUAGUCGACGACCAAACCGCUUACGAAUUUGCUGAUGAGCAGCUAACGCUAAUUGAGCAAGGCAUUUCUGAAAAGGAUGCGUACAAUUUGCUUAUCGAAAAGUAUGACCAGGUGGAAAGCCAUCGCUUUCUCGAUAAGUUUUCCAAGAUGCGUGGUAUCGAAUUUGCUGACCCUGCCGAGUACGACGAUAUCGAAAAGGGAUGGGUCGAGGCCGAAAGUCGUGCGAUUAAGGAAGCCAUGCGUCUUGAACAUGAGGAACGUGAGGCACUUCGGAAGAUGUAG